CCAAAUCCUUGAUGGAUUCCGCACGAAGAACACCCAACUUCUCCCGGAGGUUUCCAUGUCCAAGCUAGUGUACAAAGAAUCGUCAUAUAUAGAGUCGCGUCUCCAUUCCCUUUAAGUUCAUGCGCUCUUUGACAAGACAAUCACAGCACCUCCCUUCCUUUCCUUCCUUCGAUUUUCUUUGCGUGGAAGUGGGAGAGCCUAGGCCCUAUCUAGCUUUCGUGGCGCCAUGAAGUACAAGAAGGACCGUGAGUCCAGCGGCCACGGGUCGCAGAAAGGCGGCGGCGACAUGCCGCCGAGCAUCCAGCUUGACAUCGAGCAGCACCGUGGCUGUGGGCUCGGCAGCAGAGGCGAGAAGUCUCCGUGGCCGCAAGAGCAGACGCCUGGAAGUGGAAGCGGCCACGGUAGGAACCACCCGAGUGGCGGGCGUGAGCCACCGGAGAAGCAGCUCACGCUGUUUGCGCUCCGGCUGGCCGUCCUCGAGAAGGCGGCGAGCGGGUUCGGGACGCUCAACUUCGUAUGGGCCACCGUCGUGCUCCUCGGCGGCUUCGCGAGCUCCCUCAACAUCACCGACUUCUGGUGCGUCACCGUCAUCCUAGUAGGCGAGGGCGCCCGCGUCUUCAGCCGCAGCCACGAGCUGGAGUGGCAGCACCACGCGACUCAAACCUCCACCGCUGGCGGCGUGCUACGCUCCAGCUCCCGGUUUUUUCACCGUAUCCUGCACGCCCUCGUCGACCCGGCCGCGACAGCAGUUGACACUGGCGGCGAUGUGCGAGUCUUCAGCCGCAGCCACGAGCUCGAGUGCCAGCACCACGCCACGGAAACCUCCACCGCUGGCGGCGCGCUGCGCUCCAGCUGCUGGUUCUUUCGCCGCAUCGUGGACGGCCUCGUCAACCCGGCCGCGGCCGUCGUCGACGGUGGCGGCGGCGACACGCGCACCACGACGGAGCAGUUGCAGCGCCAGAUCGUCGCCUCCGUGAAGCAGCGCACCUGGCACGCGCCGGACGUGCCCCUGAUCCCCUAUGCUGACUGGUUCUCCGCCUCCAGGAAGAUCGGCCGGCUGCUCAACUGGCUACAGGUGCUCUCCGCGUUUGCCUGCGUCGCGCUCUCGCUGAUGCGCCUCUGGAAGCACGACUUCGGCGACGGUGAUCAGUCUAGCCCCAAGAACAUGCGGCCCGCUCUCCUGCUCUUCUACACCCUGGCUUUGCUGGAGGCGUCGCUCUUCCUGCUGGAGAAGGCGUACUGGACAUGGAAGUUCUCUUUCUGCAUGGUGCUCCAUCAAGUGAGCGGUGACUGCCACCUGGAAAACACGUACGGGCUCGUCUCGCUCAAGCGUUUCUUCUACGACGCCUACUCGCGGUGCAUUGCCGGGAGCAUCUUCGACGGCAUCAAGAUGGAUCUCGUCACCUUCGCCGAGGAGCUCAUCCUGUCGGACUUCCACGACGAGCAGCUCAUCGGCGUGUGCAUCCUGCAGCAGUUCGCCAAGAGCGCGGGCUCCGCGGGAGACACGCUGCGCAAGAUCGGCACGAGCCGCCUCACCAUCGAGCGGCUCGUCGAUAUGCUCAAUUGGAAGCGGCCCGACGAGGAGGAGGUGCGCGCGUCCGCGGCGAAGGUCGUGUCCAAGCUCGCCGGCAAGCGCCAGAACGCGCUUCGCGUGUCCAGCAUCCCCGGCGCCAUCGAGUCCAUCAUGUCCCUUCUCUACACCGGCAAGGGCGCGCAAGUGUCCGGCACGCACCCGCAGCCACACGUUACUGCCGACGAGCACGAGGCCUCGCCGGGGGUCCGCGGCUACGACUACCUGCCGUUCAACCUUCUGGGACUGCUCAUCCUCAAGAAGCUCGCCAGGGACCACGACAACUGCGGCAAGAUCGGCAACGCGCGUGGUUUGCUUGCCAAGGUCAUCGAUUUCACGCAGGCGUCGCCGGAUCUCCUCCUCAGCCAGUACGUGACGGAAUCGCAGGUGCGCGCCGUUAAGCGCGCUCUCCAGGUGGUCUAUAUGCUGGUGACCACAACGGGCAACACGGGCAAGGCGCUCCGGCAGGGCAUCGCGGAGAACGUGUUCGCGGUUAGUAACCUGCGAGAUAUACUGCGGUACGGGGAGCUGCACGGGGAACUGCAGAAGCUGGCCAUCGAUGUGCUGACGGGGCUGGCCAUGGAGGAGAACGGCAAGGAGGCGAUCGUGGGCACCGGAGGGGUGGUCAAGCUGCUGCUCUCGAUAUUCAUCGGUGACGUGGAGACGGAGCUCAGGCUCAGCCUCAGCUGCAAGGCCGGUGAUGCUCUGGCAAUGCUGGCGCUGGAGAGCGAGAGGAGCUGCGCGGCGAUACUCAAGCAGGAGGACGUGCUCGAUCAGCUCGUCUCGGCGUUGCAGGACGGCGACGAGCGCCGCUUGAACGCGGCGAGGGUGCUGCGAAACCUGUGCGCGUACUCGGGCCCGGAGCACAGGGCGCGGCUGCACGCUGCGACCAAGGCGUUGCCGGCGGUGCUGAGAGCCACCAUGGCAGAGAGCGACAAGGUCCUCGAGGUGUCCGUUGGCUUGACGAGGGAGAUCUGCAGGUUCAUCGACGGCAAGCGGUUCGCCGCCGAGCUGCGCGGCGCCGGCGUGGAGGAACGAGAGUAUGUGCAGCGGCUGGCGAGCAUCCUUCAGGACAACAAGUACCCGAAGAUCAAGGUCCCUCGGAUGCGACGGUUCGUGGUGCUGCAGGUCCGCUGGCUUAUGACGUGCUCGGGGGGCGGCGGGUACAUGGAGCUCCUGAGGGAGGUGGGGAUGGAGCGGCUGCUCAAGUCCAUCGCCGACACCACGUCGGAGCUCGAGUGCUAUCACGUCUUCUCAGGAAGCGUGGGCAUUGGCAAGCACCGUGAGAACUUCUCCAGCAUCAUGGACUCCGCACUCGAGCUGAUCGCCGGCGGUGGCGGCGGGGCUCGAGCUGAAGAGUAAAAGGUUGCAAGGAAACGCGAAACGGGAGUAACUAAGAUACUCUUCUUUUUAUUGCUACUAGCCAAAUGCCCUUGCGUUGCAAUGAUGACACAAAAUUUGAGCCUAAUAGCUUCAAUGUUACGCACACUUAUCAUCUUAUCGUAUUGAGCACACCAACAGAGGUGUUGCAUGGACGUUCUAUCAUCGUAACCUGUUAGGAGAUAGCCUUCUGGAUUGAUUGAUCAGUUCACAACAGCCAUACAAUCAGAGGAAAACACACGUUGUGUAUAUAUCAAAACUGAACUUUUGGAGGCGUACAGCUGCACUUGUAAAGAUAUUUGCAAUGCUAUGCCAAUAUGAAGCACAAGAAUGGCUACUGUAUGGAGGAAAAGAAUAUAAAUUUUGCUAUUUACUUUUUGACA